UUUUCCCCUUCUCCGGAAGGGUUUUUCAAGGGGUGGGGGGAAAAGACGCAAACACCAAAGUGGAAAACAGUUAAUGACCAGCCACAGCGGCCCUGCAUGAGCUGCGGCCACAGUCUCCACGGGCUCCUGAGCCACACGCCGCGCUGCGGGGGGCGCCCGCGGAGGUAACAUGGCUUACUGGCCUCAGUUGAGGUUGCUGCUAUGGAAGAACCUCACUUUCAGAAGAAGACAAACAUGUCAGCUAUUGCUGGAAGUGGCCUGGCCUCUGUUUAUCUUCCUGAUCCUGAUCUCUGUCCGGCUGAGCUACCCACCCUAUGAACAACAUGAAUGCCACUUUCCAAACAAAGCCAUGCCCUCUGCAGGAACGCUUCCUUGGGUUCAGGGGAUUAUCUGUAAUGCCAACAACCCCUGUUUCCGUUACCCGACUCCUGGUGAGGCCCCUGGGGUUGUUGGAAACUUUAACAAAUCCAUCGUGUCUCGCCUGUUCUCAGACGCUCGGCGGCUUCUUCUGUACAGCCAGAAAGAUACCAGCAUGAAGGACAUACACCAAGUUCUGAGGACGUUGCAGCAGAUAGAGCGUUCCAGUUCAGGCUUGAAGCUUCAGGAUUUCCUAGUGGACAAUGAAACCUUCUCUGGAUUCCUGACUUACAACCUUUCUCUGCCAAGGCUUACUGUGGACAGAAUGCUGGGAGCCAAUGUCAGUCUCCACAAGGUAUUUUUGCAAGGCUACCAGUUACAUUUGACCAAUCUGUGCAGUGGAUCCAAAUUACAGGAGGUGAUUCAACUUGGUGAACCAGAAGUUUCCAAGCUUUGCAGCUUGCCAAGGGAGAAACUGGAUGCUGCUGAGCAAGUGCUUCGUUCCAACAUGGACAUCCUGAAGCCGAUCCUGAGGGAACUAAACUCUACAUCUCCCUUCCUGAACAAGGAACUGGUUAAAGCCACAGAAACUUUGCUGGAUAGUCUCGGGACUUUGGCCCAAGAGCUGUUCAGCAUGAACAGCUGGAGCGACAUGCGGCAGGAGGUCAUGUUCCUGACCAACGUGAACAGCUCCAGCUCGUCUGCCCAGAUAUACCAAGCCGUGUCUCGCAUCGUCUGUGGCCAUCCCGAGGGCGGGGGCCUGAAGAUCAAGUCCCUCAACUGGUACGAGGACAACAACUACAAAGCUCUCUUUGGCGGCAACGGCACGGAUGAAGAUGCCGACAGCUUUUACGACAAUUCUACGACUCCUUAUUGCAAUGAUCUGAUGAAGAAUUUGGAGUCCAGUCCUCUUUCCCGCAUCAUAUGGAAAGCUCUCAAGCCUCUGCUUGUUGGGAAGAUCCUGUAUACACCUGACACUCCAGCCACAAGACAGGUUAUGGCCGAGGUGAAUAAGACCUUUCAGGAACUGGCCGUGUUUCAUGAUGUGCAAGGCAUGUGGGAAGAGCUCAGCCCCAAGAUCUGGACCUUCAUGGAGAGUAACCCGGAAAUGGACCUUGUUCGGACACUGUUGGACAGCAGAAGCAAUGACCACUUUUGGGAACAGCAGUUGGAUGGCUUAGACUGGACUGCCAAAGAUAUCCUGGCAUUUCUGGCCAAGCACCCAGAGGAUGUCCAGUCUGCUAACGGCUCUGUGUACACCUGGAGAGAAGCUUUCAAUGAGACUGACCAGGCAAUCCAGACCAUCUCUCGCUUCAUGGAGUGUGUCAACUUGAAUAAGCUCGAACCGGUAGCAACAGAAGUCCGGCUUAUCAGCAAGUCCAUGGAGUUGCUGGACGAGCGGAAGUUCUGGGCCGGUAUCGUGUUCACCGGAAUCACUCCUGACAGUGUGGAGUUGCCCCGUCAUGUCAAGUACAAGAUCCGAAUGGACAUUGACAAUGUGGAGAGGACAAAUAAAAUCAAGGAUGGGUACUGGGACCCCGGUCCUCGGGCUGACCCCUUUGAGGAUAUGCGGUACGUCUGGGGGGGCUUUGCCUACUUACAAGAUGUGGUGGAACAGGCGAUCAUCAGGGUGCUGACGGGCACCGAGAAGAAAACUGGUGUCUAUGUGCAGCAGAUGCCCUACCCCUGUUAUGUCGAUGACAUCUUCCUGCGGGUGAUGAGCCGGUCCAUGCCCCUGUUCAUGACGCUGGCCUGGAUCUACUCCGUGGCUGUGAUCAUCAAGGGCAUCGUGUAUGAGAAGGAGGCGCGGCUGAAGGAGACCAUGCGCAUCAUGGGCCUGGACAACGGCAUCCUGUGGUUCAGCUGGUUCAUCAGUAGCCUCAUUCCUCUGCUCGUGAGCGCCGGCCUGCUUGUGGUGAUCCUGAAAUUAGGAAACCUGCUGCCCUACAGUGACCCCAGCGUGGUGUUUGUCUUUCUGUCCGUGUUCGCCGUGGUGACCAUCCUGCAGUGUUUCCUGAUCAGCACACUCUUCUCCAGAGCCAACCUGGCGGCAGCCUGUGGGGGCAUCAUCUACUUCAUUCUCUACCUGCCCUACGUGCUGUGUGUGGCAUGGCAAGACUAUGUGGGCUUCACGCUCAAGAUCUUCGUGAGCCUGCUGUCUCCUGUGGCUUUUGGGUUUGGCUGUGAGUACUUUGCCCUUUUUGAGGAGCAGGGCAUUGGGGUGCAGUGGGACAACCUGUUUGAGAGCCCCAUGGAGGAAGAUGGCUUCAACCUCACCAUUUCAGUCUCCAUGAUGCUGUUCGACACCUUCCUCUAUGGAGUGAUGACGUGGUACAUUGAGGCUGUCUUUCCAGGCCAGUAUGGAAUCCCCAGGCCCUGGUAUUUUCCUUGCACCAAAUCCUACUGGUUCGGUGAGGAAAGUGAUGAGAAGAGCCACCCUGGUUCCAGCCAGAAGGGAGUAUCAGAAAUCUGCGUGGAGGAGGAGCCCACACACCUGAAGCUGGGCGUGUCCAUUCAGAACCUGAUGAAGGUUUACCGGGAUGGCAUGAAGGUGGCUGUUGAUGGCCUGGCCUUGAAUUUCUAUGAGGGCCAGAUCACCUCCUUCCUGGGCCACAAUGGAGCUGGGAAGACCACCACCAUGUCAAUCCUGACUGGGUUGUUCCCUCCCACCUCGGGCACUGCCUACAUUCUGGGAAAAGACAUUCGCUUUGAGAUGAGCACCAUCCGGCAGAACCUGGGGGUCUGCCCCCAGCAUAACGUGCUGUUUGACAUGCUGACUGUGGAAGAACACAUCUGGUUCUAUGCACGGCUGAAGGGGCUCUCGGAGAAGCACGUGAAAGCAGAGCUGGAGCAGAUGGCCUUGGAUGUUGGUUUGCCACCCAGCAAACUGAAAAGCAAAACAAGUCAGCUGUCAGGCGGAAUGAAGAGAAAGCUGUCUGUGGCUUUGGCCUUUGUUGGGGGAUCCAAGGUUGUCAUUCUGGACGAGCCCACAGCCGGCGUGGACCCUUACUCCCGCAGGGGAAUAUGGGAGCUCCUGCUGAAAUAUCGACAAGGCCGCACCAUUAUUCUCUCCACGCACCACAUGGAUGAAGCAGACAUCUUGGGGGACAGGAUUGCCAUCAUUUCCCAUGGGAAGCUGUGCUGUGUGGGCUCCUCCCUGUUUCUGAAGAACCAGCUGGGAACAGGCUACUACCUGACCCUGGUUAAGAAGGAUGUGGAAUCCUCCCUUAGUUCCUGCAGAAAUAGUAGUAGCACUGUGUCAUACCUGAAAAAGGAGGACAGUGUUUCUCAGAGCAGUUCUGAUGCUGGCCUGGGCAGCGACCAUGAAAGUGACACGCUGACCAUCGAUGUCUCGGCCAUCUCCAACCUCAUCAGGAAGCAUGUGGCUGAAGCCCGGCUAGUGGAAGACAUUGGGCAUGAACUGACUUAUGUGCUGCCCUACGAAGCUGCCAAAGAGGGGGCCUUUGUGGAACUCUUCCAUGAGAUUGAUGACCGGCUCUCAGACCUGGGCAUCUCUAGUUACGGCAUCUCGGAGACAACCCUGGAAGAAAUAUUUCUCAAAGUGGCUGAAGAGAGUGGGGUGGAUGCUGAGACCUCAGAUGGCACCUUGCCAGCAAGACGAAAUAGACGGGCCUUCGGGGACAAGCAGAGCUGCCUUCACCCAUUCACUGAAGAUGAUGCUGUUGAUCCUAAUGAUUCUGAUGUAGACCCAGAAUCCAGAGAAACAGACCUGCUCAGCGGGAUGGACGGCAAAGGCUCCUACCAGGUGAAGGGCUGGAAGCUCACACAACAGCAGUUUGUGGCCCUUCUGUGGAAGAGGCUGCUGAUUGCCAGACGGAGUCGGAAGGGAUUCUUCGCUCAGGCACCAGGAAAGGCCAGGUCCUCUCGGGUGAUGCUGCCUUUGCUGUCCUCCCUUUGCAGAGACAUGCCCUGCUCAGUGGGGGAGGAGGAGUGGACCACCGCCCCCAUUCCCCAGACCAUCACGGACCUGUUCCAAAAUGGGAACUGGACGAUGGAGAACCCCUCACCCACCUGCCAGUGUAGCAGUGACAAAAUCAAGAAGAUGCUGCCCGUGUGUCCCCUGGGGGCAGGGGGGCUGCCUCCUCCACAAAGAAAACAGAACACUGCAGACAUCCUUCAGAACCUGACAGGAAGAAACAUUUCGGAUUAUCUGGUCAAGACCUAUGUGCAGAUCAUAGCCAAAAGUUUAAAGAACAAGAUCUGGGUGAAUGAGUUUAGGUAUGGAGGGUUUUCCCUGGGUGCAAGUAAUUCUCAUUCACUUCCUUCAAGUCAAGAAGUUAAUAAUGCCAUCAAGCAAGUGAAGAAGCACUUGAAGCUGGCCAAGGACAGUUCUGCAGAUCGAUUUCUCAGCAGCUUGGGGAGGUUCAUGACAGGACUGGACACGAAAAAUAAUGUCAAGGUGUGGUUCAACAACAAGGGCUGGCAUGCCAUCAGCUCUUUCCUGAACGUCAUCAACAAUGCCAUUCUGCGGGCCAGCCUGCAGAAGGGAGAGAACCCCAGCCAGUAUGGGAUUACUGCCUUCAAUCACCCCCUGAAUCUCACCAAGCAGCAGCUCUCGGAAGUGGCUCUGAUGACCACAUCAGUGGAUGUCCUUGUGUCCAUCUGUGUCAUCUUUGCAAUGUCCUUCGUCCCGGCCAGCUUUGUCGUGUUCCUGAUCCAAGAGCGGGUCAGCAAAGCGAAGCACCUGCAGUUCAUCAGUGGAGUGAAGCCUGUCAUCUACUGGCUUUCCAAUUUCGUGUGGGAUAUGUGCAACUAUGUGGUCCCUGCCACACUGGUCAUUAUCAUCUUCAUCUGCUUCCAGCAGAAGUCCUAUGUGUCCUCUACCAACCUGCCCGUGCUAGCCCUUCUACUUCUGUUGUACGGGUGGUCGAUCACACCUCUCAUGUACCCAGCCUCCUUCGUGUUCAAGAUCCCCAGCACCGCCUACGUGGUCCUCACCAGCGUGAACCUCUUCAUCGGGAUCAACGGCAGUGUGGCCACUUUCGUGCUGGAGCUCUUUACCAACAAUAAGCUGAAUAACAUCAAUGAUAUCCUGAAGUCUGUAUUCUUGAUCUUCCCACAUUUUUGCCUGGGACGGGGGCUCAUUGACAUGGUGAAAAACCAGGCAAUGGCUGAUGCCUUGGAAAGGUUUGGGGAGAACCGUUUUGUUUCGCCACUGUCCUGGGACUUAGUGGGACGAAACCUCUUCGCCAUGGCCGUGGAAGGGGUGGUAUUCUUCCUCAUCACUGUUCUCAUCCAGUACAGAUUCUUCAUCAGGCCCAGACCUGUAGAUGCAAAGCUUCCUCCUUUGAAUGAUGAGGACGAAGAUGUGAAGCGGGAAAGACAGAGAAUUCUUGAUGGUGGAGGACAGAAUGACAUCUUGGAAAUCAAGGAGCUGACUAAGAUAUAUAGAAGAAAGAGGAAGCCUGCUGUUGACAGGAUUUGCGUUGGCAUUCCACCUGGCGAGUGCUUUGGACUUCUGGGAGUUAACGGGGCUGGGAAAUCAUCAACUUUCAAGAUGUUAACUGGAGAUACCACUGUUACCAGAGGAGAUGCUUUCCUGAACAAAAAUAGUAUCUUAUCAGACAUCCAUGAAGUCCAUCAGAACAUGGGCUAUUGCCCUCAGUUCGAUGCCAUCACGGAGUUACUGACCGGAAGAGAGCAUGUGGAGUUCUUUGCCCUCUUGAGAGGAGUCCCAGAGAAAGAAGUUGGCAAGGUUGGUGAAUGGGCAAUUCGGAAACUGGGCCUUGUAAAGUAUGGAGAAAAAUAUGCUGGUAACUAUAGUGGAGGCAACAAGCGCAAGCUCUCAACGGCCAUGGCUCUGAUCGGCGGGCCCCCUGUCGUGUUUCUGGAUGAACCUACCACAGGCAUGGACCCCAAAGCCCGGCGAUUCUUGUGGAAUUGUGCCCUAAGUAUUGUCAAGGAAGGCAGAUCAGUAGUGCUUACAUCUCAUAGUAUGGAAGAAUGUGAAGCUCUCUGCACUAGGAUGGCAAUUAUGGUCAAUGGGAGGUUCAGGUGUCUUGGCAGCGUCCAACAUCUGAAAAAUAGGUUUGGAGAUGGUUACACAAUAGUGGUACGGAUAGCAGGGUCCAACCCUGACCUGAAGCCUGUCCAGGAGUUCUUUGGACUUGCCUUUCCAGGAAGUGUCCUCAAAGAGAAGCACCGGAACAUGCUACAAUACCAGCUUCCAUCUUCACUAUCUUCUCUGGCCAGGAUAUUCAGUAUCCUUUCCCAGAGCAAAAAGAGACUCCACAUAGAAGACUACUCUGUUUCUCAGACAACACUUGACCAAGUAUUUGUAAACUUUGCCAAGGACCAAAGUGAUGAUGACCACUUAAAGGACUUGUCAUUACACAAAAACCAGACAGUAGUCGAUGUUGCAGUUCUCACAUCUUUUCUCCAGGACGAGAAAGUGAAAGAAAGUUACGUAUGAAGAAUACUGUUCGUACAGGGUGACUAAAAGAAAGGAGGAACUAGCCCUUCCUUUGCACCAUGUGAAGUGUUCCAAAAGAAGAGCUGGACGUUUUUUGUGGGAAGAAGUAAACUGGAUACUGUACUGAUACUAUUCAAUGCAAUGCAAUUCAAUGCAAUGAAAACAAAAUUCCAUUACAGGGGCAGUGCCUUUGUAGCCUAUGUCUCGUAUGGCUCUCAAGUGAAAAAGACUUGAAUUUAGUUUAUUACCUUAUACCUACGUGAAACUCUAGUAUGGAACCCAGCGGACAUAUGGGUUUGAAAUCACACUUUUUUUUGUUGUUGUUCCUUUGUAUUCUCACUGGGGUUGCAACAAUAAUUAAUCAAAUAAUCAUGGCCAGUGAUUAUUUAUCAAAAUCAAAAGGCGUGUUGCAUCUUCAUUCACGAAGCCAUGCCAUGCCAGGAGACAGGUUUCCUGGCGACACAUCCAUUGCUGGCGAUGACUGUGCCAGAAUGACUAGUGCCAAGUUUCUCAGAAAGCCUGAAGGACCGUGGUGUGUCGUGCACACUUUUGCAACAGCUGUUCUGCUUCAGAGUCCAUCAGCAUCAUUAUCAGGUGACAGAAUGGUGCCCUGGAUGGGGAAGGCCCUCCAUUGUUUCCCUCUUUGAUGAGCUGCUCUGGUGUGGCCGUAACAUUGCAGGUGUGGGUAGCUCAAGACAGGUGCGACUUGGUUCCAUAGGUCUCCAGGGCCAUUUUUCUGGGACUCUCUGAAGAUACUUAGAUCCUGGUAAGCAGCAAAGAGCUGCCAAACUGUUGAGGCUGCAAGCUGCUGAGGCCAGGUCACGGGAUUAAGGAGAUGGCUCGUUCAAACCUCGGGAGGCCUGUGUCCAUUUGUCCUGUUUGUCUGCUAACACGGUACAUUGCAUCUCAAGAUCUUCCUUUUUGACACAAGUGUAGUAUUAUUUCUAGCUUUUUAAAUUAAUCUAGAAUAUGAAAGGAUAGAGUUGUAUUUUGACAAAAAUCUUUGUACUUUUAAUGUUGUUUGGAAUCUUAAGUUCUGUCAGUGACUUGUGAAUCCCUUGGAAUGGCCUCUUUGUAGAACCCCGUGGC